AUGCUACUGGCCCGUGAUGCACGGCGGUUUGUGACCUUGUUCGCUACCAGCCCUGUAUCCAAGUCCACGCCCCACAUCUACGUCUCCAUGCUCGCCUCCUGGCCUCCUGCACAGCCCAUUGCUCAUUGCUACACACACAGAUCAGCCGGGCUUGUCCAAGUCAAAGGACUCGAAACCACAGAGCGACAGCUAUCGCUGCUAAGCAUGACUCCAGCUGGAUCCGCAGUCUGCGGAGCACUCAUUGCAGGUCCCCUCAAGGCACACAACGGCAAGAUGCGGUCGGUGGACUACUCGCCUGACGGUCGAUGGCUUGCUUCGGGGGCGAGCCACUCGGCAGCCGUGGCAAGAGGUGGUGUCAGUUGCGUUUCACCCAGCAGUACACUUCUGGCGGCCGCAUCCGAGUCCGACAUAUAUCUCUUGGACCCAUUCGCAGGGCAAGUAGUUAGCGGACCACUCAAGGGUCACACCAAUCUCGUCUGUACACUUAUCUUCCUGCCUGACGAAAGGCACAUCGUGUCUGGCUCAUUUGACUGCACGAUAUGCGUCUGGGAUGUCACACACGCAAAGCUGGUAGCUGGUCCACUCCAAGGGCACUCAGAAACUGUCAGUGCCGUUGCGGUCUCUCCUGAUGGAAGGCUGCUUGUCUCAGCUUCCGAGGACGGAACAAUGCGCACCUGGAGCACAAGCACCUGGCAGACGCACUCGGUGUUUCGAUACACUGGCGUUGUUAGGUCAGUCAGGUUCCUGCCUGAUGGCUCGCGCCUUGUCUCUGGCUCUGUUGAUGGAAACAUGCGCAUAUGGGAGGUGCCGGAUGUGCCGAUAGGACAAGUCAUGGAUGGUCAAUCACUGGCGCAUGAAGACUGGGUUACGGUGUUUCGUUCUCGCCUUGCGGCUCGUAUCUCGUAUCCGGAUCUCCGAUCUGACUGUUCGCGUGUGGAAUAUGCAAGCCGGCAGCCAACAUGCACCACUCUCACAGGACACAACGCCUACGUACUCUCAGUCGGCUUCUCGCUCGAUAGCAGUCACAUAUACUCAGUAUCAAUCGACAGGAUGAUCCAUGUGUGGGAACGACAAAGUGGGAAGCUGGAGUACACGAUUGGCCCGAUAGACACAGAUGGCGACUACGAUCCUUGGUAUCAACAGUUCUGGCCAGCUGUACUCAUAUAUGACGACAAGCGAGUGGUGUGCGGGUCGAGGUCAGGACGCAUAUACGUGUGGAAAGAUGGCAAGCAGACCCAUGAGCUGACCGGACACGACAAAGCAGUAUACUCGGUGGCAGUCUCACCUGAUGGUCGGACAUUUGCGUCAGGUGACGGUGGCGGGAAGCUGAUGAUGUGGGAUGGUAGUACGGGAGCGCAGCUGCGCAGUAUAUCUGAAGCGCAUACUUACCGCAUUGCAUCUAUCGCAUACUCCCAUGAUGGCGGUCUUCUUGCUUCUGGCUCUUAUGACAUGACUAUAAGUCUGUGGAACACAUAUACAUGGCAGCCCAUCGGCGAUCCGCUUCGAGGCCACAGCGACAGAGUUCGAUGUGUUGCAUUCUCGUCUCAGGGUGACAAGUUAGCGUCUGGUUCUGUUGACAAGACGAUACGGAUAUGGGAUGUAGAAAGCAGGACAUCGAUUGCAGUGCUCGAAGGACACACGGGCUAUGUACUGUCAGUAAUGUUCUCGCCGAACGGGGCUUAUGUUGUCUCUGGCUCGGCCGAUACCACGAUACGGCUACUCACUUUUAUCUGUCGCACACGCAUUUCUAUGAAGGCUGCUAAUGCUGCCAGCGCUCAGGACAUACAACAAAGUCAAAGCCUGAACUGGAAGAUCCACGAGGACGGAUGGGUUCGCGAUAGUCGCGACCACCUGCUUUUCUGGGUGCCACCUGACUUACGUGGCGCUCUCCUGAUGCCUCAGAACACCAUGCUGAUGUCACGCCAAGGCAAGGCCGAACUUGAGCUUACGAACGCUAAGAUUGGGAAUGAGUGGGAAGCGUGUCACUGA